CGUCCAAUCACUAAGCAUUUUAUUAAUUCUUUCCCCAACCCACCAACUCUUCACAAACAACAACCCAGUGAGAAGACAGACAGGAAAGCUAACUAGGGAAACGAAAUACAGCCCAAAUCAUUUGGGUUGUCCUGUGAAGAUGAGCAGAAUUGCUGGACUUCUACGGCGUACGUUUGGAAUAGUACGCGACCACGUCGGGACAGAUACGUUGGGGAAUAAAUAUUACUUAAUCCCAGAACAGAAGACAUGGACAGGAAGGCUCGUCCGUGCCAAGCGGAUGGUAGUGGCAGCCAAUCCUAACGAAUAUGAAUAUAUAGAAGGCAGCAUACCGACGGAGUGGGACGCUUGGAUCCGAGGCAGACGGAAGGAGCCCCCCUCCGUCGAGGAGCUGCUAAAGAAUGAAUCUUACAGGGAGCACAUUAAACAGAAGGCCAAGGAAGUGGAUGAGAAAGAACUGGCCCUACAGGCCAAGGAGUAUGAGGAAGGUCUGGUGGCGACUCCUGCAAAGACCGUGGCCAAAGGCCACGCAGCCACGACCAGCUUCGGCAAGCAGGAGAUCAGCGAAGACCCCACCAGCACUGCAAACACGUUCCAGCCUGGCUCCUGGAUGCCCAAUCCCAAGAAAUAGACUCGGACAUCCACAUGUACUGAGCCCGCUGUACGAAGUAAUACAGUCCAAUAGAAAAGGCCUGCAGUGAAUAGUACCUUUUGUGAAACUGAUAUUCACUUGACGUUGAGACUUUGGAAUUUAAUUUUAGAAGCACCUUUCAGUAUAAUGCAAUCCAAGUCAACAACACCACAAAGUAUGACUUCAGAAAAUUACCAGUUUAAUCAAUUUCACAGAGGAAGUAUCUCUUUCAAGGCUGUUUUAUUGGACUGUAUUACAUUGAGUUUUGUGUAGUCGAUAAUGUAUAUAAACACGACAAUAAGCAUCGAUCAUCUUGAAGCUGGCUAUAAGUGGCUGCAGUGAUUUAAUGGAGCUGAAAGGUCUGUGAAUAAAGCAAAGAAAAAUGAAAAUGGCUGAGUCAACCAACUACAAAUACACUAUUCCGUUUAACAGAUGUUGUAAAA